CCUCCAUUCCCGGAACGCAGAUGAUUUACAAGAUAUUGAACAUCAACCUCGACCGACUUGCAUUUGUUUGGAUCCGGUCGCAACUUCUUUUCCUGCAAACACUAUCUUUACUAUCUCUAGACACGUCGGCGGCGACCAACAUUCGUUUCUCGUGCACGAGGCAGAAGUCAGCCAGUUCGGCUGAUUGCUAUCAUCGGCAACACGGAGGCGUUAACAAUCGCCCACGAUCUGAGGGAGCAAAUGUCGACAUUACAUCUUCUAGCACUGCCGAGCGAGAUCCGCAAUCACAUCUGGGAGUUGGCAUUCGGAAAUCAACAUGUUGUACCGACACCCAAAGCGCUGAGGGUCUAUCAGUUGGGUUGCCAAGCGUGCGAGUCCUCCCGUGGUCAUCGUCGUUUGGACAAGACAUGGCAAGACAUCUUUCGUCCACUGUUGACCUGCAAACAAAUCUUCCAUGAAGCGAUCAAUAUCCUACUGUCGUCCACUACCAUACAUCUCGGAGAUGGCAUAAAUGGACUGGAUGACCUAACCUGUCCAGGAGGCCCUGUGCCCUCUAUUAACCACAAGAUCCGGCGCCUUGUCUUAUGGGUUCAUAUUCAGGACGACAAUCGGUAUCAUUGGCGGGCAGGAAUUGAGCACGUCGGCGUAGCACUUUCCAAUUUUCAGGAGCUUGUCGUCCAGGCACACAUGCGGCCACCAGACAGCUACGAGAGACUGACCGACGCUAUUGCUCUAGCCACUCCGAUCGUACGACUCAGUACCCGUAAACCUAAUUUGAAGGUCACCUUGCAUUUCGAUUAUGCAUACCACGAAGUCAUGUUUGACAGUCCCUACCUGGGAGAGAUUACAACACACGAUUCUCUCGAACAACAUGAGCUGGUCCUGCGAGAUCUAAUUGAGGAUGACGCAUUCGUCGAGGCCGCGCUGUCCAAGGAAGAUGAUGAACAAGCUCUCACUGCGGCGUUACUUAGGGUUGCUCGAGCACAUGAACAGCCGUGGUUCGAAAAGUUGAAUAGAAGAAGACAAGAGAGGCUGAGAUCAAGGGAACAGAUGGAAGCAAUGGAGGCCUCUGGCACUUUCUCUCCCGUAUGAGUAUAAGCUCAUUUUGAAGAAACUGAAGCACUUGACCGGCAAUCGUGUCUUCACUUGACCACUCCCUUUGUCGUUACACAGGGGCGACCUGGAUGGGAACGCCCACAGGACCGGCGUGAGAUCAUGCCUCUGAAGACGCGCAAAGUCUCUCACGAUGUGGUGAACUCCUCCUGGACUCCAGAACCUGCCCAAACAUGUGCAAACAGUUCUAUGAAAAUACAAC